CAUCCUAGAUCGUGAAACAUAAAAUCCAGUUUCUAAAAAGAACUAAGCAGUAGUAAUACAUAACCUAUCACGCACGCAUAACGUAACCUCACUUUAUCCACAAGUGUGCGUCGUGCAUAUUAUAUGAUUUGAGAGUAAAAAUAAUACACGUUUUACAAUAACGAUAAUAAUGAUCGGCAACUUUCGAACCAGUAUUAAUUCGACAAGGUCAAUAUGAUCAAUUAAUUUCGCGUGAUGGGUGAUGUAACAAUCAUGUGAAUGUGUUAACAAUUGUGUUAGUGUAAAAAAAUUUCUGCAUUUGUUUUACAAGUUACACAGAGGGAGGCAUACAAACGCAUUGUUUACGCACGUAAAUAAAGCCUGUAACAAUAUUUUUCAAAUAGCAUUUUAUUUUUGAUCAAUAAAAUCUCUGAUAGAAAAAUGACUCUUGCAACAAUUCAAAAGUUCGUGCUGUCAAGCUGUAAGGCUAACAUGUAUCUUGAGGCUUAUCAGAGGAUUCUACCAAGCUUGAGUAUUUUGCAAAAAAACAUAGUGAUACAGACAGAAUUAUCUGUGCAUCGUACGUGCACAACUCAGAAAAGAUUUCUUCAUGACACGUCUUUACUACUCAAAAAUAAGUUAAAAGAGAAUGAAGACGUUCCAGACAGCAUAUCUGCGUUGCAAAUAAAAACGAGAGUAUCUAGAAAGAGGAGCGUAAUAAAUGAUAACGUGGUACCAAAGUCUAACGCGUGGAACGUGAAAGCUCUAGCCACCGCGGAAGAGUACAAUUUAGAAAAUCUAGCCUAUGGCCUGUCGGAUCAGCAGUUGUACGUUCCUAGUAAAAUAUCUACGUCUACGAAUUCCUUGCCAGAUGUCAUACACGCAGUGGCCAAAUAUGAAGUAGGACACGAGCCCCGAGAGAUCUUUUUCUUCCGAGAAGGUAGCAUUGUUAUGUGGAAUAUCUCCGAUCUCGAGUGCGGCAAUCUAUUGCAAUUUUUGAGACGUUAUGAGCAAUAUCGUUACACGGAAGACCUGAUUCAUACCGAGAGCGAGUUAAUGAAUUAUACUUAUGCGGAUCCCGGGAAAAAGAGCCACUUGAAGGAUGGCGAUAUCAUCUUGGCGCAGGAAGCGGGAAGCUUGGACAAGUACACAUUCUCCAACGCCAUGGCGCAAUCCGUCAAGUUAGGCAUAUGGGAAGCGUGGCUGAAUCGCUACGUCGACUCGAUCGAGUUCGUCACGGAGGACCUGAAAAUCGGUAAGAGACUCCGGAUGACGCAGCAACAAGUGCUGAGGAAGCAGGGCGAAUUAUUCGCCUUGAGGCAUCGUAUUAAUUUAAGUUCGGAUCUGUUGGAUACGCCCGACUUUUACUGGGAGCGAGACGAUUUGGAGAAUUUGUAUCACCAAAUCUGCGGAUACUUCAGCAUCACGAAACGCACAAGAGUGAUGAACGAGAGAUUAAAUCACUGCGUCGAACUGGUGAGCAUUUUGUCGUCACACUUGAGCGAUCGUCAUCACGUGCGUUUAGAGUGGAUGAUCAUCAUACUCAUUAUGGUGGAGGUUGCCUUCGAAGUUGUGCACUACGUUGAUCGGUAUCUCGUCAAAUAGGGAUCCAGUGGCAGCGAGAUAAGUCUCGACUUACACCAAAGAAAGAUCAAUGCAAAUAUAUUGCCUUACUAUACAUUUUCCAAGUAUUCCGUAUGUGUUAUACGGGCAUGUUCCAAAUAGAUCGUUAUUAAAUCUUCCAACAUGCAACUCAACAUCAGUCAAUAAACCAUUACAACAUUGUAUAGAAUAUUUUUUAAAUAAAAGUCCACAUGUUUUUAUGAAA